UGGCGUCAGUGUCUCCUCUUACUACAAGGUCUGCCACUAAUACAGUUUUAAAACAUUGUUCUCUACCCUGGCACGCCUUAUUCAUUACCUGACCUCUAACUAACUGACGAUUAUCUGGUUUAACAUGAUUGAUGAGUUAAAGGCAGCUAUAAAGUACCUGGUAAAAAAUGUUCAUUGGAUGAUAGUACAAUGCAGCCAAGCGGCCACGGGAUCUGGUUGUGUCAGAGCACAAGAAUGCAUUGCAGACUGUGGAAAAAGCUGCCAUUAAUGGCCUGAGUGCUCAACAAAUUGUGAACCUUGCUACAACUGUUGUCUUUACAAAUGCAUAUGGUAUGACCUAGAUGUACUUUUUAGUUUGAAAAGUGUAAGUACUUUUAAUUGUUUCCUGUUUACUUAAAUGUGUUCAAUACAGGGAGGCCUAAUUGUUCGUUGGGGAUGCAUUCCUGAUGACCACGACUAACAAUGAAAGACAAAGAACUGGGCUGAUUAAUCCAUUGACAUGCAUGUUAUACAUGGAAGAUAUGUUAUGACCAUAUAAUAUUACAGUACAUAUUAUUUUUGUAAUAAAUUAAUUAAUGUACAGUACAGUUAUUACUGUAAUGCAGAGGUGUACAAAAUACAGCCUGCGAGCUAGCUACAGCGCUCACUUACUAUUUCAUUCUAGAUAAGAUAGACUUGUAUAUUUCUAACACAUUUCAUAUCACUUGUUAUUCUAUAUUUGAAAUGUGAUGAUAAUGAUAACAUUUUAUUCCCACACAAAGAAAUUUUACAGUGGAAAUAGGGUAUGGCUAAAUGGUAAAGAUUCAACAUCUAAGGAAAAGUGUGUACAUACAUACACUUAACUACCUGGAAUUCAAAACAUUUCUCUACAGCAUCAAUGCAUUAUAUGGUGACGUGGAAAUGUGCUGAAGUGCUUUUUUAACCCAUGUAACGAGAUCGAGGACUUUAUACGGCAGAAGGGGAAGGACAGCGAAUGGGUUGCUGAUUUGGUAUUUUAACAUAUUUAACUUGACUCCUAAACGAUCUGAAAUAAAAACUGCAGGGGCAUGAAAAACUGAUUUGUGGCAUGUUGGAGGCAAUUAUAGCAUUUGAAUUAAAGCUAACAGUUUUUGUGAUCCAUUUGAACAAACUCUACAUACAUUUUUAUUAUUUAAUUAUUAAUUUAAUUACUUGUACUAUUUCAAACGACGAACAAAGGGGCGAUGAACAAUGAGGAUUUCAUGUACAGUAUAUGCAUGCCAGAACUUACUCUACAAUGACUUCAGACUCACUUCCUUGAUUUCCAUAACCAAAGCAAUUCAAGGAAGAGUUAUUAUGGCAUUUGAAAAGGUUGAUAUAAUUGUGUAUACUGUACAAUAUUUCCCUGUGAUAAAUGCCUAAAUGCCUUGUUUUGAUUAUUCUUAUCCAUAUAUUAAUAGAUGUGACCAGCCGUCGAAAAUUGCUGUACUCCUUGUUGCCAAAGGAUAAUGAUUUUCCAUAUCAUAUAAUCCCAUUGGCUGUCUCGUCAGCGAGUGUAGUGCUUGUGGGCCCGUCGUGGAAGCAUGCUGUCCUCUCCUGGCUUGGGGCGCUCCUGGAGUAUGGCAUCAUCUCCUCCCAUAACCAAUAUCUUCACCUCUGUUAUACAGCAAUAUUUAAUUUAACUUUUCACCUGAACUUGUGUGGCUUGGCCUGCAAGGUGCUACAUUACAUAACGUUACAUGAAGAUGUUACGCAAAAUCGAGCGCUGGUACUUAUGAGACUAAAAAUGAAACCAGGAUUCUAUGUUAAUGUCUCCCAACUAUUAAGACUUUACCACCUCUUCCGUCCAGAUUUGGUAGUUGGUAAGCUGGCACACAGGAGAGUGGUACCAAGCACUCCUCGUAACCUCAAAAUUGCACUGUUGGCAGCUAGAACACGCCUGCAGGAAGCUACAGAAACUACAGAUCAUCUUGUUAAAGAUAUUAUUUGGCCUGAUAAUACAAAAGCAGAGAAGGCAAAUCCGUAUCAACGUAAGAUGCCCUUCCCUCAACCAGAUGCAACCUUGUAUACAACUAAAUUAGAAGAGAAGAAAGAAAAAGUUAUAUUUGUCACACAGUAUCGAAGGUUUUCAGAGCUUGUUCAUGGGAUAGAGGAAUUUCAAUCAUGGCAGUGGCCCAACAACCCAGCGACACACCUUACAAAACCCAUCAUUAUUCCUCUCUUCCGUCCACACCAUCGACAUAUCUUUGUGGGCCUUACCAACUGGCUCGAGUUUGCCCUUCGGACAGAGGUAAUUGAGGGUAUUGGUAACCCAAGUGCAGAGCGAUGUGAGAAACUGCUACAAGCAGCUCUUGAUUUAGUCCAAGAUACUGGUACAGUCAUCCCUAUUAUCAACCACUUCAUGACUGAAUUAAUGGUCACGUGGUCUGAGAAAACACACUUUGAAAAAGUACUGGCACUACUAGGAGCAGUGUCAUUUUCUUCACCAGAAUUCAUCUCUGAGACUCUCCUGAAGUUAGUUGCCAGACUGUUAUAUGAGGCUCCACUGGUCACCUGGUGCAAGGUUAUCAAUGCUGUAACAAAUACUACGUGCUCCUGGGCAAUAGUAGCCCAGCAGGAGACCAUUGUUGGAGAAAAAUACCAUGAGUGGCCUGAUCAAGCUAGGUAUGAAGGUUCAAUUGUUGGCCUUUGGUUCCUAACACACAGGUUGGAGAAAUUUUUCCUGGCUGCAUUACUGAAAUAUGACUGUCAUCCAUUGGUUUUACACCAUAUACUUGACUACUAUGUGAAAGUGAACAUGUAUACCAGGGUUCUGGAGCUGCCAGUAGUAUUUUUCCCUCCUGCCAUCUUUACUCUAGUUAUUUUAACUAAAGGUGACCUGAUGACAACCCACCGUCUGGGGAGAUUGAUGUCGAGCAUGCAGGCUGCUAUGUAUCGAGUGAAGAAUAUGGAGACCGCAGGACCAGAGUCAGCAAUACGAGAGGAAUGUAUAAGCUUGGCAGAAAACAUCAACCAAGCAGUAAUCUUCUACAUGAGUGGUGUCUAUACUUCUAAGGCCUUUACACCAAAAUGGGAAAAGGUGUUGGACCAAUUUUAUCCAUUCCACAACUUCAGAGAUGUGCUGAAAAGCAAUCAUGUCCGAAGUUAUGCAGGAGUUACACAGUCACUCGCAUAUCUUCCAUUUUUUGCCAAGUAUUUGAUUGACAGUGAUGAUGUGUGGAGUUCAAAGGAAAGAGCAGAGGUGCGUGAAAAGGUACUUGGUGAGUUGAAGGAAGCUGGAUUGACAGGAAUUGAAGAGUGUGUGGUGAUGUACACUAAACAAUGAACAUGAUUCAAAGUGAGGGCCUUGUUACCUUUGUGAUAAACUUAGUUUUUUGAUGUACACAUACUUACAUGUUCAUGUAUUUUCUUUGGAAAUUACUGUAUCUUAAGUGUUGAUAGUACCAUUGUCAUCAUAUAUGAUUUUGACCUAGUUAUCAUCAUCAUCAUAUGUAACUACUGUACAUAUUAUCAAUGUUAUUCAGUAAGAGUAUGUAACACGUUAUCAUCAUCAUUCUGGCUAGCUGUAUGUAUGAGCGAAUUUAUCAUUUUCCUGUAUGAUUGUGUUAACAUCAUGACGUAAGGUUGUAUGACUCGCCAUACACCAACAUUAUUGCAUGAAUGCAUACAUUUUUAGUUUGUAUGAAUGUGACUUAAAAUACUAUAAUUCUUGUCGCCAUGAGGGUUUGUUUCAACCCAUAACUAUGGUGUUCCAUAAUAACACAAAAGAAAAUUAUCUCUUAUGUAGUGUCAGAUUAUUUCUAAAGAGUAAAUGGUGGACAUCAGUAUUGAGUAUUCUUCAGCAGAUGUGUUCAGCAUCACAGGUGAAACAUUAAUCUCGGAGUACGUGGAGUACAGGGACCAAAACCAUUAGUGAAGAAACUUAAUGCAUCAACUUGUCAUGCAGGUAAAGAUAUUUCUUAUGAAGAAAAUAAAGUUAUGUUUAGUAUUUGAUGAUAUUGUACCAUAUUGCUUUCUUAAUCUUUGAUAAAUGUAAAUUUUCUGAGACCACAUCUAAUUUAUUUUAUUUUUGUACUUGCAUUAAGACUGUGAUGAAGACAUUUGUUUUAUGUCGACAAAUUGUGUAAGCACAAUUAAUCAUCUACCUUUAAUUCAGUUUUUAUUAAACUUGCUUCAAAUGCUCUAAGUUAUGAGUACUGUACAGUAUAUUACAAGAUCUUUCAUGACAUUCCUCGAAUAAACAUAACAUUAAAAAUAUUAAGCACACUGAGGCAUAAAAACUAUUUUUAGUAGUUAUAUUUACUGUACAUGCAUAAAAAUACUUCAUGCUUUCAAGAGAAGAUAUACUGUACAGUAUUUGCAAACAAAGGCAAAUUAAGUACCUGUAUAUUAACCCUCUCGCGCACCAUGACAUGAAUCGUGUCAUGUUAUCGGGUAGCACUAACAGCAUCGGUGACACGAAUCGUGUCAUAAAACUUUAAAAAAUUCACCCCAAAAAGUUUUCAAGAUAAUUGCGUCAAAUUUUCGUGCGCCAUACUGUAGAUGACUGUAUGAUCUCACGAGGCAAGCUUCCAGAAAGUGCCACUGCAUGGGUGGAGGUAAGCGCGGAUCAAUUGUUUACCAGUCUUUUCCCGUCAACCAAGUUGGUAGGUUACGUCUCUAUUCCUUUAACUCCUUUCAAACCCUUCCCACCACACCCACUGUACACAUUUGGAAUACUGUGAUGUUUUAUAUUAAAAUAUUUUUUCAAUUGCCUGUAAUAUUUUUUUGUUAUAUUCACAGAGAAAAUAUUUGAAACUCAAAUUCAUUCAAACAAUAACGGAACAUGCCUCAUAAGGUUCAUUAUCAUGGAAAAUAUUUGGGAGGCGAGGAAACUGCUUCCUAUCACAAAGGAUUACCUAGCAGUUAUAGUGAAAGUGAUGGGAGCAAGGAAACAAAAUUAGGAAAACAGCAAGCAGCUUGUCCCUACCACUGCCUCCACCAUAUAUAUUGUAGAUCUUAUAUCUGGCCUAUAUAGUAUGUUUAUAUACUGUACAGUAUAAGGUACAGUAUACUUAUAAAUUAAUUUUUAAAUUUAUGUAUGUAAUUGAAUAUCGUAAUUCAUACAGUAGGAUGAUAUACUGUACUGUACAUAGCAAACAAAAAAUGUAGAGGGAGAGAGUGGCUAGGAGCACGACCCUUGGAAAACUGCCCGCUUACCAACUUCAAAAAUUUAUAUGUUAACCAUAAGUGCUACAGGAUAUUUAAGACCAACCUUUUUCUUCCUAACAUUACAAUGCACUAAAAGUUCAUACACUAAACCUCAUAGGUACAACAAAAAUCUAAAAAGAUAUAAAGGUUUUGGUGAUUUUUUAUUAAGUUUUUAGUUUCUCACAAUUUUCUCUGAAAUUAUUAGUCUUACUAAAAUUUGAAAGCCACUAUUGGAAACCUCAUAAAAUUCUGCUUCUAUAAUUAUGAUACAGUUGUUAUGUUUGUAAGAAAAUAUUAAGAGAUAUAGUGUUGGGGGUAAAAGGUCUUUAUUUGGAGUGGAAAAUACACUGUAGUUGUUGUUUUUCUUUGGUCUUAUUUAUUUUGUGGCUUAUGUUAAAUCCAAAACAAUAACAAAGCCAUCUAUGUAUAAAUUAUCCCUCCCUCCCCCCACACAUGCAAAAAAAAAAAACUUGUGGGAUAAAUUGGUUACAGAAUGAAGAUGCCCAAACAGCAUGUGUGGUGGUGACAGGUCCUAUUAUGAUUUUUGUCGUGGUCACAGAGACUUAAACUUACUGCGUCCGUUAGAGGGUUAAAAUUAAUAUGUGUACUGUACAUAUAUAUCAAUGCUGUUAAGUUUAAGUUGAAGUAAAAUGACAACAUAUUCUU